ACUAGAAUGUGUUCUUUUAUUGUCUUAACUAUCCCACUACUCUUGAAUCAUUGAUGAAUGUGUGGUAGCAGAGUUCAUAAAAAGCAGGAAAUGAAAGUACUGCGUGUUCAUUAUCGGACUUCAGUUCUUCAUGGCGAUGGUGACUGGUUCCUGUUAAGCCAAUGAAACUUUGAUUGAGGCAACCGGUAGUUAAUGAGUAACACAGAAGAGGUGCAACCUUCAGCAGACAUUUGCUCAGCUCUUACUGUGUGACUCAUACAGUCACAAGAAGCACAGAUCUCUGCGUAUGUUUAUUAUACUGGCAGGACUGGAUAACAGGACUUUGUGGAGGCCUUUAUUUUUUUGUAGGAGUUGUUCUGUUGGUUGUGUCUGAGAAACUGAGCUUCCAUGGCUGAUACAAGUUCUCAGUCCCCGGCCGCUGGCUCAACGGCUAAACUCGACCAGGUGCAAGGCCAGGUCAACGAGGUUAAAGUUAUUCUGAAAGACAACAUCAGCAAAGUGCUGGAGAGAGGGGAAAGAUUAGAUGAUCUGAUCGGCAAGACUGAUGACCUGCAGGCGUCUGCUGACUCUUUCCAAAGAACAUCCACACGGGUUGCCAGGAAAUACUGGUGGAAAAACAUUAAAAUGAUGAUCAUAAUUGGCGUGAUUGUGCUGAUCGUCGUUAUCCUCAUCAUCCUCUUUGCCACAAAAGUCAUAUAACACCCGAUCUUAACUCCUUCAGCAGCUCAGGACUGAAAGCGAUGAAGACGGUGGAGAAAGCUCACCUCUUUUAUUUUGCGUGUAAUUGCUCUCGUGAGAGAGUCUCAGAUCAUUUCAGCUCAAACAAACGGACAUUUCAAGAAAUAUUUAUGUAAAUUCAAAAGGGUAGAUGAUUUUGUAACACCUGCAGGCUUAUUGGUUAGGCUGCUCUGCGAUAAAGCUUAUGAUGACAUGAUGCAAAUUAGAGCUUAAAUUGUUGAAACUUGGCUGAAAUACUUCAUGAACACUCCAACAGUCAAUGUGACGUAAUACUAUUUCACAACGGAUCACAUACCCAAAAUGAGUCUUUAUUUUUAUUUUAUUGUAUUUCUUUAUGUCCAAUUAGCUGUAUAUAUAUAUAUAUAUAUUCUGUUUAUGACUGUCAAACUCUGUAAUGACAUAUGUAUUAUAUGACUGAUGACUACGAUAAAAAGGAAAUUGUAACAACGCAUUUUAUGCAUUCUUUGCUACUACAAUACUGUAUGUGUGUGUGUGUGUGUGUGUGUGUGUGUGUGUGUGUGUGUGAUCUGUUCCAACCAAUCUAACAUUUCUGUUAUGUAAUAAUUGAAGCAAUUCACAAAUAGCAUUUGAGAACAUUAAAUACAAAAACAAGAGAGAAUUAGGAACGCAAAACUGCCCAAACUUUGCAGCAAUCUAAAUAAAUGCAAAACAGCCAAACUUUUGAGAUACAACAAAUACUCCGGGAAAUAUAGAGGAAAUGUAGUGUAGGUCAUAGUGCUCUUCAUUAGUUUCUUACAGUCAGCUAGUGACCUUUGCUGGAUACCAUCAUCUCUCUGGCCAACGCUCCACCAGCGCUCUGUCUUUCAUCACUCUGAAACCUACGAAAAACAAACACAACAGAUCAGCUAUAGAUGAACCAAAACCUGCUAAAACUAUAAAUAAAACAGGAAUCCCCCGUGUUUAUAAUGUCCAAUGU